GCAUGACGAGUGGUGGUGGUGGUGAGGAGGAUGACGCCUCUCUGCUGUGGAUCUCUCAUCGCACGCACGUCGAGGCUCUGGCCAAGGACCUCGCCGCGGCCCGAGAGAAGCUUCAGAAGGCCAAGGAGGAAACGCGAAAGCUGCUGGCCGAGAGCGCAAAGCUCAAGCUCGAAGCCGCAGCCGCCAACGAGCGCAUCGAGGCGCGAGAGCGGUCCAUCCACGACGAGAAGGCGCAGGUGGCCAGCGAGCACGAGAGGCGGCUGCGGGAGAAACAGGAUCAGCUGACAGAGAUGGAACGGUGCCUCGAGAAGGCCAUGCAGCAGCGGAAGGAGUCGCAGGAGGCCCUCUUGCAGCAGAGGUACAGUACUCACUGACGCAGAGGAUGGAUGUAAGUACUAACCGUCGGGAUGUGAUGUGUGUGCCACAUUUUGUUUUGCUUUGCAGUGUUCGUGUGUUUGAGAUUGAGCAGCAGCUGGAGGACUGCAAAUCUCGCGAGGCGAGCAGCUCCAACGCUCACCAGGCCCUCUGCAACAGCGUCGAGCAGAGAUACAAUUCACUCAAGGCCACUGUGGUCAGUCAGAUGAGGGGCGAGGGGGCGGAAUUCAAUGAUGCUAUACCUGAGCCUGUGUGGUGUGUUCGGUGCAUAUGGUCGGUUCGGUCGUGUAGGAUGAGACGAGGGUGUUGUUGGACGACAGUGCGCAGGAGAAGGCUAAGUUAGAGGAGUACCAGCAGAGGCUGCAGGAGAGUGUCACCGCACUAUCUACCAAACUCAAGGUGUGUCUCCUCAUGUGCACCACGAAGACAGCCAGGGGGUGCGCACCGCACUUGAAUGGCUGUGUGUGUGUUUGUGGCCGUCUGUUUGUCAGGAGAAGGAUUCGUUCAUCGUGGAGAUGGCCCAGCGCGAGAAGGACGUGUCGAGCCAGCGCAACGCAGCCCUGCUGAAACUACAAGGUCACAAUAGGACGUGUUGAAGGACACAAUGCGAGGUGACGUGUGGUGUUCAGAGGCGGAGAGUACCAUCGCAUCUCUGCGCUCGGACGUCGAAACCUCUAAGCAGAACAACGAAUCCACCAAAGGUAGGUACCCCAAACGCACCGACACCCAUGCGGCAUCCCUCCCGCUCUUCCCUCUGUGUGCUCAUGUCAUGUGUCCACCCACCCACUUCAUGGGUCUCAUUCAUGUUUAUGUGUGUGUGUGUGUGUGUGUGUGUAUGCAGAGCGAGCAGCCCACUACUCGCAGCAGUACAACGCAACCCUGGCCAAGCUCGACAGCCAGCGCAAGUACAUCGACAGCCUACAGAGAACAUGCCAGGAGCAGAACCAGCAGGUUGGUUGGGAGCACCAAGGAAAAGACGACUGCACCACGCCCAUGAUAUAAUGUCUCGAUGUCUCGUGGUGUUUGUCAUCCAUUCAUCCAUCAGAUCAGUAAGUUGUCCGAGACCGUGCGGCAGCACCCAGAGUACUCUGGCGGUGACCCGCUGCCGCCCUGCCCUGCCAUGCUGGACGCAGCCACAUCGACAGACCACCGUGCGGCACAUGGGACCAAGUCCAUCCAGGCCCACAUCCUGCCGGCGUCAAGUGAGGCGUCGGUGCAGGCCGACGUCACCAGCCCCAUCGCCAUCGCACAGCUACAGCAAGAGGAUGGUGAUCAGUAUGACCAUGACAACGCCCACAGCCACCGCGACCACGAGAUGAUGCCGCCUCCCUCACCCCGCCACGCGCCAGCCUCGCCCCGCUCCCUCGUCCCAUACGGAUAUGCAUCGCCCAAGCCCCUCCCGUCGCUCAACAAUAAGUACCAGCAUCGCAGCCCCUCUGCCAGUGGUGUGUGUCGUGUGAUGGGGCCGCCACCCGCCCUGCCGCCAUUCCCCUCUCCCUCUCCAUCAGCGCCAGCAGCUGCUGGUGUUGACGGUUGGAAGGGCUCAGUGGGUCACUCGCCGUUACAUUGUUUGUCGCAGCCUCAGUCGCAGCGAAGUGUGCGGCAGAGUGGCUGUGGUGGUGGGGGAGGGUCUGUCAAGCGGAAGGUGGUUGACAUUGAGUUGUCGCCCCACGACCAUGGCGAGGGGCGCAGCAGACAGCGGAUGCGGGCGUCUCUAUCGCCUGGUGAGUUAGUGAGAGAAGGCGAGACACAGACACAUCACAAUGGAACAGACGGAUGGAUGGAUGGAUCUGGGUGUGGGGUAUCUCUGUGCUCUGUGUGUGUUAGCAGCGGAGGGAUGUGGUGGCGGUGGUGGUGGUGGCACGGGUGUGGGAGACGAUGGGCGCCUGGUCAGGGAGGAGGAGAGCAUGCCCCCUCCCCGCACAAUCAACGACAUCUUCGGAUCGUUCCUCUCAUCACAGGUGCGUGCGUGUGAGGGUGACCCAGCAGACGAACGAACCAGCAUACACGCACACCUGGUCUGUGUGUGUGAAUGCCCAUGCAUCCAUGCAGGCGGGCUACUCGUGAGAGGGUGAGUGAGCUUGUUCGCGGCCGCAGAAGGAGAACUGAUGCGUGCGCUUGUGGAUGUCGUGUGAGUGAGAGUAUGGAACAAUCGCUACUCUAUUGUCGAAGUCAUCAGUGGUACCAGCGCACCGGCCGGCCAAUCACUGCAUGGUUUUGAGACGUGUGUCCAUCCGUCUGGGUGUUCAUCGCCCGCCCGCCCGCCGGUCGCAUGGGGAGUAAUAAAACGCAACGCGACACAUACGCACAUUUGUCGACGUCAUGCAGUGGGUGAGUGUGGGUGUGUGGGUGUGGGUGUUCGGGUGAGUGACUAACAAAUACAGACGACGACGCAACCCGCACAGAGACCAACUCAUGCUCACCACAUGCACGAGACGACACAACGUGCUGUCCUCUGCUCUGUGUGGUAAGAAAAACUCUGCGGCAGACCGA